AUGAGCGGGACCAGCAAUGUCUCCACUGCAUCACGACCGUCAAGCCUGCAAACUCGCUCACUACAGAGUGAAGCGGCUUCCGAACUGCAGUCAGACGACAGCAUGGAACGCACAUCUGCAUUGGAAUUGCUCUCGAGCACACAGGCUAGUGGUAACGAACUUAAUGCCAGCUCUGUCAAUGAUGAUACCUUGCGAACAGCUGUAUCAUCAUCAGAAGAUCUCUCUGGUAUCCUUGUUGAUGAGAUCCCCGGUCCCCGGGUGAUGCAACGACAAGGUCACAAGAGCACGAAUGAGACAGAUAACAUGGUAUCAUUGGUUCAACACCACGAAAGUCAUACAAAUGAAGAACUCUCAACAAGCUGGACUGAGCAACAAUCAUUAACAUCUGGCCACGAGGUGCACUUGAACAGAAGCAGCAGUUCGAGGGCCCGCGAUGCUCAUUCCAGCGAGGGAGAGUCGAUAACAACUGGUGAAAUGAGGUCGCCAAGUGAAAGCGUAGAGCAGACCUCAGAAGAAGAAAGACUCAAUUGCAUGACACAAAGUCUGCAGAGUCAGCAAUAUGAGAUGUCCGAGAUGGGAAUCUCUCGCUUGCAGUCGAGUCUUGCCGUGGAAAGUCCAUCUGCCGAAGUGAGUCUCUCGCAAGAGAGCUCCAUAAGGCCACGUUUAACCAGGCAAAUGCAGCGAGAGGAACUCGGAACACCUCAGCAAACUACUGUCCAAGAGGUACACCAUACAUCACCCGCGUUGCAGCGACCACCGAUCCAAGGAUCGCGAAGGCAACGCAGUAAAGGUGUACUCUGGACAGAAUCUGAGCUUGCUAAACUUGCAAACCUGGUUGAGGAGCACCGAGAUGUGAGUGGUCGCAUUAACUGGGAGUCCGUGAGGACCUCUUGGGACAGCUCACUAAGCGAAAAUGGCCAAGUUAGGAGUUUAGCAGCCCUGAAGUGCGCAUAUGGAAAACUCGCCAGACCACUGGAACGAGUUCGAAGAAUAGCGCCGCUCAAUGAAACAGAAUCACCCUCUGAGGGAAAUAUAAACCAGCCUAAUGUCACUGGAGCAGAUGUUCAGCAGAACGAAAACAGCUCUGUCGAAGCUACUGAACCAACAAGAACAGGCGCUACAAGCUCUUCGGAAACGAAUGACGCAAAUAGUGCCUUACGAGAGCUAAUGGCAGAGCGAUUCAAUCGCUACUACCAUAUAGCGGUUCAGUCGCACGAUAGACAACCUAUAAGGAAGACCAAAUGGAGAGAUUCCCAGAGGAGAUCCUGCGGCUCGGGAAUGACAUCAUUCGCGAACAUCUUAGCUGCAGGAACUCCGCACGGAAGAAACGCUGACAUCCUUAAAUGCUGCAGUGUACGCUAUUGGUAA